UGAAGAUUUCGAUUUCAAUGCUCUUUUUUUUUUCUUUUGGUAUUUUUCUUCUGCUUUGUUGCAUGUUCUUCGCGGAUGAAUUUGUUCUGGUUCGGUUGAUGGGGUUUUAGGGUUAUGAUUUUGAGGGGACUGUGAUUGAUUUCUGGUGUGUCCGUGAGUAUUUCUUUUUACUGGUUGCGUGGUAUUGAGGAAUUCUCAUUUAGGGUUUCUGGUUUUCUAAGCGGAGAAAAAUUUGGGGACGGAUAAAAUCGCUUAGAGAGUCAGUACCUCUCUGCUCUGAUUUCUGAUUGUGAAAGUCUCCUGUUAGCUACUUCGCUCUGAUUAUACGUACAGGAGGUUGUAUUGUUACUUGGAAGGAAAAGGAAGUCAGGGGGCAGACGGAAUGGUGCCAUUGUAGCUGAGAUUCUCAAUAAGUGGAAAGAGUACAAUGAGCGAGUGGCGACAUGUAGCAGUGAUGGAGGUAAGAAGCCGGGCCAGAGGGCUCAUGCCAAGGGUUCGAAGAAGGGUUGCAUGACAGGAAAAGGUGGACCUGAAAAUUUCGAUUGCGAUUACAGAGGAGUUAGGCAGAGGACAUGGGGGAAGUGGGUUGCUGAGAUCCGAGAGCCGAAUAAGGGUACUAGGCUUUGGCUUGGUACCUUCCCUAACGCAUACGAAGCUGCAUUGGCGUAUGAUAAUGCUGCGAGGGCUAUGUACGGGCAGUCUGCCCGCCUUAAUCUUCCCCACAUCACAAAGAGUUCAUCUUCAGCAGCGGCUAUGACUACGAUUACCGACUCUACAACGUUGACAGGAGAAUCAGAAGUAUGUGCAGUCGAGGACACCAAUGUGAUUCCAAGUAGUAUUCAGGUGAAACUAGAGCAUUGUAAUGGUGAAGCUAUACCUUGUGAAGUACCCUUAGACACGGAUAUGGUGGAGGCGAGAGAGGGGAGAAAUGCCCGAGAACUGGGUUCAACUGAUGAUUGUGGCAUUAGACCUGUCCUGAAGGAGGAACCACAUGGACAGAUGGGUUCGAAUGAUGUGAUGGAGGAGGCUAUGAAUGGUGGACAUGAGGAAUGGACUAUUGGGCAUCAUAGGCAAGAACCGGAAGAUUCUUGGGAGACGUUUGAUGUAGAGGAGUUGUUGAAUCUAUUAGACGAAAAGCAUAUCCUCCCUGAGGAAGAAGAGGCAAAACAAGGUGGUUUGGAAGCGGAAAGACCAUCAGACUUUACCUACCAGAUGCAGUACCCAGAUGCUAAGUUGCUCGGUAGCCUCAACCACAUGGUGAACGCCGACUCUGGCAUGGAUUACGGGUUUCCUCUCGUCCGGCCAAAUCAACCAGAGAAUGAAAAUAUCGACGGUGGCCAGUUCCUCGGACUGGAUUUAACACGCUUGGAUUUCAGGGCAACCCAUCUUUCCGGCAUAGAAGACGAUACUCACAACACUGAUCAGGAUCUCGAAUUUUGCCCUUCCUUACCAAAGGUGGCGACUUGCGAUUGCGGCAGCUAUUGCAAUCGCGAUUGCGAUUACGGCAGCAGAUGUGGAGGAGAGCUAUCUUGUCGGAAGAUGAUGAAAAAGCUCGGAGCUCCUCCCCAAGUGAGUGGUUCACCAUAGUCAUCACUGUCUAACCCUCAGAAGCUGACUUGUUUCUCUGUGAAUUAGUAGCACCAUCAAAACUUUGAAUAUGAUGAUGAUUCUUUCCUUGUUUUUGUUGUGAGUACACAUAAUGUUUGAAAUUUUGGAUAGUUAGGUGUUGUGAAUGAAAGAAAUUACUUCUGCAUGUCGGAUUUCUUACAGUGACCCAUCUUUAGAAUGUUCUGUCUUUUUUUUUUAAUUAAUCUGAUAAUAAAUCACAUUUCCUCA